AUGUAUAAAAAUAACAAAAACAAUUUUCCCUUAAUAAAUAACAAUAGUGCUACUAUUAGUUUUCAAGAGUUUUCUGAUACUGCUCCUCCUUUUACUCCUUUCACGAACAAUUAUGAUGAGGAUAUGGAUUUUGAAGAAGUUAAGACUAAUCAUUUGGUUAAUAAUAAAGAUCCUCUCUCAGAUUCUGAUGAUAAUUUAGAAUUUGAACUUUUACUACCAAUUGAAAUAUCUGUUUCAGAUCCUUCUCUUAUCGCAAAAGAUAAAACUUUCAUUUUUAGUAUAUUACAUAAGAUGUGGCAUCUAAUGGAAGAAAUAUUUAAAUAUUUUAAAAUAUACAUUAAUAAAGGUUUCUUCUAUAUCGCUGAAAUAGUAGAUACUAUUCUUCCUCUAGAUUCAGAUAGCAAAUAUGAUUCAGCUGAACACAAUUUAUUUGAUCAAUUAAAUUACCUUCCUCAAGAUUUUUAUAGUCUUCUACAAUUAUUUUCACUGGUUCAUCAGAAGAGUUCAUCACCAAUAUCAUUACAGUUAUCCUAUAAUCACUAUUCUUACAAAAGUGAAAAGAUCUUUGAUUUUUUAUACUCUUCAUUUCAGUCAAAUAGUUAA